AUGAGUCGCGAUUUGUCAUUAGGGGCAUUCCGGAACACUUCGCUGAGCCUGUUCACCGACCUGUAUGAGUUGACGAUGGCGCAGGCGUAUUGGCAGGCGGGCGUUACGGCACAGGCGUGCUUCAGUCUGUUCGUGCGGCGAUUGCCGACGGAUCGCGGAUAUCUGUUAUUCUCAGGGCUCGAAGACAUGCUGGACGCCUUGAGUGGCAUGAGGUUCAGCGACGAUGAUAUCGUUUUCCUGCGUUCACUGGGACUGUUCGAUGAGGACUUUCUGGAUUAUCUGCGUUGUCUGCGCUUUGGUGGAUGUGUUCGCGCCCUGCGGGAGGCGAGCAUCUUCUUCGCAAACGAACCGGUGCUUGAGGUAACAGCCCCGGUUAUCGAGGCCCAGAUUGUCGAGACACUCCUGUUGAAUCAGUUCAAUGUGCAGACGAUGCUGGCAACCAAGGCUGCGCGGUGGUGA